UAGCCGUUACAACCAGAAGACAAGAAAUCUCCCAGAUCUUCCAAGUCUGGCGAAAAUCUUCUCUCAAGUCUCAAAAUCUCCCAAUUCCCUCAUUAAAUAUUUCAAGAUUCUUUUGCGACCCCAGUCAUCUCCCCCGAUUCUCUUUCCCUUUUCGUAUUCCCACCAAGCCACGAAUUCUUCUGAGAAAUCCAUGGCUACAUCUUCACACAGGUCUCCUUCCCCGCAUGUAGGUAGACCAAACCCUAAUUCAAGAACCCAAGAAAAUAGCAGCGACGCUAGAAAGAGUUUCUCCGGAAACCCAGCUACAAGGCCUUCUUCGAUUGUUGCACACCCAAGAGGCUUCAACCCCACCACUCCCGCUAACAGUCCUUCAGAUUUUGGGCGAAAAAAUCCCGUUUACAAGGAAAGCCUGGCAUCGUUACGGGAUUAUGAGCAGAAAGAGAACGAGAAAGAUUCGAAUCUGAAACCUGCGCGUCUAAAGCCACCUGCUGCUUUGAAGGGCACAAAGAAUUUUAUGUCUCCAACAAUUUCUGCGGCUUCCAAGUUUACCCCAUCGCCGAGAAAGAAAAUCUUGACGGAGAGAAACGAGCCUGUUCGAACGCCUGUUUCAUUCUCUGAUGGAAAGAGCCCAUUUAGUUCCACUAACCUGUUGAAUGUUGCAGACGAUUCUGAUCCGAUGGCAUACCCGAGUUUGAAUCAAAUGAAGAAUGAAGCUUCAUCUGACUCCACAGCUACAGAGUCUUUGAAUCAAAUGAAGAAUGAAGCUUCAUCUGACUCCACAGUUACAGAGUCUGGCCACUGGGAAGCAUCCAUAUCGGAAGGCUCAAAACAACAAAUAAUCCUCAAUUCCAAGAUACCACUGAGUUCCCAAAAUGCCUCUGAAUCCUUGACUAAGACUAUAACUAUCGAAUCUAACAGCGUUGAUGCUAGUCCGAUGUCUGUACUUCCUUGUUCACCAUCAACACCAUCCCUUGCUGUAUUAGCCCCUCUUGAUGCCGAUCCUUCUCUUCCUCCUUAUGAUCCCAAGACUAACUACCUUUCACCAAGGCCUCGGUUCCUUCACUAUAGACCUAACCCACGGAUUGAGGCUUAUCUCAACAAGGAAAGAGAGGUUGGCAUGGGAGAAGGGGGCCAGCUCGGGGAUCACCUCACUUCUUUUGAAUGCUUUUCAGAUACAGAAAACAGUGAAGAGACUGAAUCUGAUGAUUCCCAGAAAGAAUAUGAGGAUGUAGUUUCUCCUGUGGAAGCAACCAAAGAAGAAGAAGAAGAAGAAGAAGACGACGACGUUCAUUUGCCUAAAGAUGUUUCUGAACCAAGGUCCAUGGCAACCCCCAAAUCUGAGGAUGUUUCUGAACUGAAGUCCAUUCCAACCAACCCGUCACCCGUCAAGAGGAUUAUUGAAGCAAAAUGCACACCUAAGCCUAAGCCAUACUUCCUUGUGGGAUCAAAAUCCAUUGGUCUGCUUUUAAUCCUUGUAAUUGCUUGUUUAUCCGUCUCAAACACUGAUUCUCCUGUCAUCAGCUACUCCACUUAUAGAGCUCAGACAUCUGAAGUGUAUCGCUCAUCAGUUGCCAAAUUCGCAGAAGCAAAUUUUGUUGGGUUAGCACAGACUUUCCAGGUUUGGUUAGCUCAAAAUGUUCGGUUCUUGUCAGCCUACUCUGUAUCUUACGUCUCCAAGUUCAUUCUUAUUUUGAGCCAUGCAGACAAAUUGGGUCCUCUGCAUUACGGUAAUUUGACUGCCUUGCACAAGGAUUUUUCGGUUGAUGAUUUCAUUGUUGUUGAUAAUAGUCACAAUAGAGGGAUGGAUGACGAGGGUGAGCAAAGUGAGUUGCGAGCUAUAGAGGAGGUAGAGGUUGGAAUAGGUCCACAUAAUAAGUUGGGACCUGUAAAGAAAGUGGUAGGGGUUGGAAUGGGGGGGCAAAAUGAGUUGAGGCCUGUAAGGGAGAACAAGUUUGAAAUGGGUUUAAUGGAAGAGCAAGACCAUCAAGUGAUUGAUGAUGUCAAUACUGAAGAGGCUUCAGCACAUGGCAACCUGGAAAAACACUGCACUUUGGGAUUUGAUGAAGUGCAUUCAAUUCUACAUGACGAAGUAAGCAAACCUGAUUAUCCAGAAGCAGAACAGACUGAAGAAGAUAAUGCAAUUAUGUGGUUCGUUGAUUUUCACAUGGAUAAGGAGCUGCAAAAUAACAUUGACUUCGUGAAUGAGCCAGUUCUGGCAUCAGAGGCUUUAAAAAUCAGCUCUGAAAUGUCCGAGGCAGCAGAAGUCCAGGGUGGAAGUGAUCUCAAUCCUGGGGCUAAAAUAGAGCCCAUCAAAGAAGAGGCCGGUGCUGAAAUUGCAAAAUCAGAUGAUGUUUCGUUUGGUGGCUCUCAAAGCUCUGAAAUGUUCGAGGCAGCAGAAAUUCAGGGUGAAAAUGAUCUCAUAUCUGGAGCUAAAACCGAGUCCAUUGCAAAAGAUGCUGAUUAUGAAAUCUCAAAAUUAGAUUAUGUUUCAUUUGGUGGCUCUCAAAGCUCUGAAAUGUUCGAGGCAGCAAAAGUCCAGGGUGAAAAUGAUCUCAAUUCUGCAACUAAAACAAAGUCCAUUGCAGAAGAUUAUCUUUCAUUUGGUGGCUCUCAAAGCUUAGUAACAGUAGAUGCUACCAUGGAUGGGUCAGAAGAUAGACAUUCGAACGUGCAGAACAUGUUUGGAAUCUUUCUCGUUAUCCUGACUCUUGCGGUGGCUUCAGCCAUGUUGCAUACGAAAAAAGCAAAAAAGUCUACCACAAAUGCUCCCAUCCCGAUGGAUCAACAACUGGCUAAGAAAUCGAUAUCAAGCUCAGUAUCACCCGAAGUCGAGCAAACAAAUCAAGAGAGGCGUUCUUCUGAAAAUUGGCCUACUGAAGUUGAUAUUGUUGCAGAGUCAUGUCCCUCAGAUGAGAUGAGUUCUUUUCAGAAGAGCUCAUCCCAUAGCAUAAGAGAUGAGGCUCAAAGCUGGCAUGAUAGGAAGCCUGGGAGGAACUAUAAAAGAGAAUCCCUUGCUUCUUCAGACUACUCAUUAGAUUCACUUUCCUAUGGCAGUUUUACCACGUAUGAGAAAAUUCCCUACAAGCAUGGUGAAGAGGAAACAGUAACUCCAGUUAGGCGUUCUAGCAGAAUUAGAAAGCAGGUCACCUCUCCGUGACAAAGACUGUCUGUCUUUGUCUUCAGUCACUCUCGGCUGUGGCUCUACAUUUCCAUGAUGUGACUGGCAGCUUGUGUUUGGACAGUUCACAAUUCCAUUAGUUGGAAUUUGACACCUUGUUUUUAGGUCUUUGUCUUCAGCGUUCAGCCACUCUCGGCUGUGGCUCUACAUUUCCAUGAUGUGACUGGCAGCUGUGUUUGGACAGUUCAACUCCAUUAGUUGGAAUUUGAACACCUUGUUUUUUUAGACAGUUGUAGUUUUUUGAACAGCUUGUUUUAGGCAGUUCAGUUUCAAUUGGCAGUAAUUUGAACAGAAUUGUUUAGGCAUUCCAUUGAUUAUAACCAAUCUCCAUUGCUAUGUGACUUGCAGAUUAUUGCCA